AGCGCUCCGCAACCGAAGCCCGCAGUUAGUCGAUGAUCGCCAUCGGACGCUGUUACUUUGUCGAACUUUUUCAUAAUCCGCCGCAUGUGGCGCGCGAGACGCGUUAAUUAAAUUUAUGUUUAUAAAAUCUUUUUUUUAAAAAACGAUAAUUUCCAUUCUCAUCGAUAAUUUAUGCGUGCUGUGUUCAACUGAUCCGUUUGAUUUGUUCAUGUAGUGCAAAAUAUUUGAUAAUUUCGAGACUAAACCAAAUUUUGAUGGGCCAAGCCAAAGAAGUGCAUUCCAUAGCGAGUAGAUAGCAAGAAUACAUAAAAAAAAAAUGGCGUCUGACAGAGAAUCCACAGAGUAUAUGAACGGUAUCAGACCCGGGCCGUUAACGAGAGAAAUACCAGAAUGUAUGAGAGACAAGUAUACAAUAAUACAGACCAUACUUGACGUACUCGCCUUCCUUAUGCUUGCUAUUGGUUAUGUUAUACAAGCAAUAUACAGAUCCAUAAGAGGACAUCCGAAGAAGGAUCUCAAAGGUUGUAUAGCUCUUGUGACCGGGGGAGGGGGUGGGCUGGGAAGUCUCGUUGCUUUGAGGCUAGCCAGGCUUGGAUGCGUCGUGGUGCUGUGGGAUAUCAAUAGACAAGGUUUGGAAGAUACUGUCAAGCUAGUCAAGGGUAUUGGCGGUAAAUGCUACGGAUAUGUCGUUGACUUGGCAAGUCGAGACGACAUCUAUAACACAGCGAAACAAGUAGAGAAAGAAGUCGGGAAAGUGUCGCUGUUGAUCAAUAACGCAGGUGUUGUAUCAGGACAAUACCUUCUGGACACCCCCGACUAUCUUAUACAGAGGACAUUCGAUGUUAAUAUUUUAGCACACUUCUGGACAGUGAAAGCUUUCUUGCCAGCUAUGAUAGAAGAUAAUGAUGGUCAUAUAGUGACCAUAGCAUCAAUGGCUGGUCAAGUCGGGGUAGCCAAGUUAGUCGACUAUUGCGCCUCUAAAUCAGCCGCCUGUGGCUUCGACGAGGCGUUAAGAUUAGAAUUAGAAGUCAAAGGUGCUAAGGGUGUGAACACAUCGCUGAUAUGCCCCUACUUCAUCCGAGCGACGGGAAUGUUUGAAGAGGUUAACUCGAGGUUCGUACCUACCCUCAGCCCGAAUGAAGUAGCUGAUCGCGUGGUUUUGGCGAUAAGGACGAACGAGCCAGUGGCCGUAAUACCCUCAUAUUUCAGACUGCUACUGCCAUUUAAAUGGAUCGUGCCAUGGGCGUGCAUAUCAGAAUUGAUUAGAGGUCUAGUCCCCGAUGCUGUCCCAGCGCCGAUGCCGUUGCCAGAUCCACUUGAGAAGCCUGUACCCGCUACCCCUAGCAAGGCUGAUUCACGGCCGAUGACCCUCACACCACCCUCCAGACACGAUCGUCAAGUGUGAGCGGAUUUAACAACUCGUCUCCAAUGUUGGACGCAAUGUUUGUCGGUUUGGCCGACCCAGAUAUCUAUUAUAAUUUGUAACAAUAUCACCAACAUUGGAUUUAAAGCGGCACUGUAAAAAUAUAAGCAAUAUUAUAUGGUAAAGCAAAUUAUGGAAAACAAAGUUGCCUUAAUCGUGAUUGCCUUAAAAAAGCCUUACACAGUAUGUAUAGCGUUAUUUCUAUGUAAAUAUAUAUAGAGAUUUAUAAAAUUUAACGUUCUGGUAAAUUUUUAAUAUCGAAUAGAUUAUGUCGUGUAUAAAACAUAUCCGUGCAUUAAUCUAAAAUUAUGAUUUUUUUUUUUUAAUGGUAUUUGGUUUUUCGAUAAACAUAAAUUAAAUACUUGAUAUAAAAUAAAUAUUUAAACCUCAAAGGAUUAAAUAUUUCGUAUAUGAUAAAUUUUGCUUAAAUAGCAUAUUUUUUUAGUCACAUAAGAUGCAAUUGUCGUGGAUGUGAUCAUUAGUGUAAAAAGGGUAUGUCUUCUUUUUAAGUGAAAUAAAUUUAUGGUUUAUGAUGGUUUUUCGAUAUCUUUGUGGGUAUAGAAAAUAAUAUAACAUCCGUUAUUGUGAUAGAUAUGCAAAGUAUCUUACUGUUACUUACUUACGAAUUAUAUAUAUAUGUGUGUAUAUGUAUAUAUAUCGUAUACAUUCUACGUUUGAAGUCUUCAUUAUAUUUUACUAACCGACUAGUAGUUUUAUGAAAUACCUCGUUAAUAACCUCAAUUCAUAAAAAGGUUAAGGUUUCGCGAAAUUGCUCAAGUAUAACUUGGAGAGGUGUUGUUGUGAGAAAUAAGUUUAGUAUUCAACAGUUCUGGAAAUUUUGUAAAGUAAAUCUUAUUAAAUGAAAAGAAUAAAAUUUUAUACUAUACAUAUAUACAAAAUAUACAUAUGAUCGGAAAAUUACGAUGUACUGUUAUAUGUAUUAUAUUGUCUAUACAAUUAAAAAGACAGAAAGAAAGAAAGACAAGUUCACGUAGAUAAUAAAAAAUGUAUCUUCCAACCCAUCUGUCAAUGUCAAAUAAUAGCUGACAAAAUAGUGUAUUGCCAUUCUAAAAUAAUAACACACUAUUUAGAUAUGACAACACUUUCUCAAUAUCGAUCAACACGUUAGAAGAAACGAAAUAUGUAAGUCAAUUAAUAAACAUAUGAAAAAGUUA